AUGCUUGGAAUGAUCCAAAAUGAAUGGGAUGCACUAAUGCUAUCUAAUUUUGCUUUGGAGCAACAAUUGCACAUCGCAAGGCAAGAGCUAAGUCAUGCUCUCUAUCAGUAUGACGCUGCAUGCCGAGUGAUAACAAGACUGAAAAAAGAACGAGAUGAAGCUAGAUCAUUGCUUGCACAAGAAAAUAGUAACUUCACCGUUUCUGCCCCCAGUGCAGUAACAGUAAAUGCUUCUGUCGCGAGCAAUGGGAAAAGAGCUGCUGAGGAUGAGGAACUAGCGCCUCAUGGAAAGAAAAUACAUUCUGGAAUAACUUCUGCCGUAAUUUCCGAGCUAACUGACUGUGGUAAAGCUCUCCACCAACGGAGGAGAAGGCGGCAGAUUCCUGACACUUUGGCCCCUGUUGAUGCUAUAGACGGAUAUACCCAAAUAUCUAGUCAUCCCAUUCACAAAACAAGCAAGCCGGGCAUUAAAUGUCUUGACGUUCUUUAUUCUAAGGACAUAAUUGCCUCUGGAGGGAUUGAUACAAAUGCUGUUAUUUUUGACCGACCAUCAGGACAGAUAUUAUCCACACUCAGUGGUCACUCAAAAGAGGUUACAAGUGUAAAGUUUGUAGCUCAGGGUGGUUUGUUUUUAACUGGUUCAGCCGAUAAGACAGUUCGUUUGUGGCAAGCGUCGGAUGAAGGUACCUAUAACUGCAGGGACAUCUUGAGGGAUCAUACAGCUGAGGUGCAAGCCAUCACUGUCCAUGCUACCAAUGAUUACUUUGUAACUGCUUCGCUUGACAGCACUUGGUGCUUUUAUGAACUUUCUUCUGGAACAUGUCUAACUCGGUAUGUAUGUGUUGUUUUCGAUAAUUCAGGUUCUUGUGGAGGCUAUACAUCUGCAGCUUUUCAUCCCGAUGGUCUCCUUCUUGGAACUGGCAGCUCAGAUGGUAUUGUUAAGAUCUGGGAUGUAACAAGUCAGUCAAGUAUUGCUAUGUUUGAAGAUCAUGUAGGGCCAGUGACCGCCAUAUCCUUUUCUGAGAAUGGCUACGUCCUUGCGACGACAACUCAAGAUGGUGUAAAGCUUUGGGAUCUACGUAAAGGGAAGAACUUCGGCAAUUUUGCUCCAUAUGACUCAGAAACACUAACAAACUCAGUGGAGUUCGACCAUAGUGGAUCUUACCUUGCAACUGCAGGCUCUGAUUUAAGGAUUUACCGAGCUACAAAUGUGAAAUCUGAAUGGAAUUGUAUCAAAACUUUUCCUGAUUUAUCUGGAACAGGGAAAGUCAACUGUGUUAAAUUUGGUCCAGAUGCAAAAUACAUUGCAGUGGGAUCAAUGGACCGGAAUCUUCGAAUAUUUGGCCCACCAAAUGAAGGUGGACCAGUGAAUCACGAGGUGCCUUGAAGUGGAAAAGGAGUCCCAAUCGCUGCAUGCUACUUGGGGUUUGUCUAUGUAUAAUUCAUGGAUUGGAAAUGUGACU